UUUUACUUUACAUGUUCAAAUACUAAUUAUCUGUAUUUUAUAUUUUGAAAAUUAAAUUGAAUUCGCCAUAUUUGUUAAUCUAAAUAUUAUAAUUUGAGAGAUUAUUUAAGGGUUUUUCUAUGUUUGCAUUGGACAAUAAUUGGGUAUUUAAUAGAUGAUUGUCGAAUUAAUUAUAAUUAGUAUUGCGGGGAUAGAACUGAAAACCAGAUUUCUAAUCAUUAAUUAUGAUGAUAAUGGAAAAGUUAGAGCUGAAAUUAGUUGAAUUAAUUCAUUACCUAUGCUAAUUAGUGUUGUAUGGGAUAAUAACUAUGAUUCGAUCAUGAUGACAAUGUGAUGCAUGAUGUUUAUACAUGUAGAAACUAUGAUUACGUAUUUACUAUUCUUAUUACAAGAUUGAUUUAACCAUAUAUACAUUACUAGUUUGGAAAAAGAUUACUACUGCAAUACUAUAAAUGGGGGGUUAUUAUGAUUAUAUGUUUCUUUAGCAAGUUUUUGGACACCUGCCAAAUUCAGUGGACAUUGCUCGUAUUUACAUUUUUCUUAAACACAACCUAUUAAAUAACAGUUUACUAUUAAGUGCUCACAAGAUUCCAGAUCAUACAGUAGAAUUUUAUUGAGUCUUGGAUUGAUUAUUGUUAAUAUUUCAUAUAUAGAAUGGCAUCCGAUGAUUAUAAUAGAGCCAAUUGGAAGGAUCCUGUUUUAGUUAAAUUUUUUUUGGACUUAUGCAUUGAACAAGUGAGUGAUGCUGGAAAACAAGGGAGUAGUUUAAAGAAAGAUUCCUGGCUAAAAAUUACUUGAGACAAAAAUAUACUAUAUGGCCGAAUAUAGUAGGAAAAAGCGGACAUGGAUUCGAUCCUGUAACAAAUACAGUUAAUUGGAGUUCUGAAGAAUGGGAUGAAUAUAUAAAGAGAGUUCCGGACGCAAAACAAUUUCGAUAUGUUGGAUUGCAAUAUGGGGAUGAGAUGAAAUCAUUGUUUGAUGGUAUAACAGCAACUGGUAAAGAUGGUUGGGGUCCUUCUAGAGAAACUAUGCCUGAAACGGUUAAUUUAGAUGACGUAGAACCUUCAUUUGCUAAUGAACCAACGCCAGUAAAUCUAGAGUCACCUAUUGAUGUUGAUCUUGAUUCACCCAAUUCAGCCGGAUUUCUUGAAAAGAAAAAUGGAAAACGUCAUAAAAAAGGUAAAGUUGAUGAUAUUGACGAACAAUUGAUGGCCGUUCUCAAAACUCUAGGUGAGUCUGAUGGACCUACAAUUGAAGAGUGCAAUAUGAAAUUGGAUGAGAUGAUGACAUUGACAAUGGAUGAUCCUUUAUAUGUUAUUGCUUGUAGUAUCUUUUGUGAAAGUAAGGCAUAUCGAGAGCAAUGGUUGAUUCUUUCAAAGAAGUCUGAAGACGUUAGAAUUAAUUGGAUAAAGAUAGUUGCUAAAAAAUUAGGAUUACUUUGAAUGUUCAACGUGUAG